AGCCGUCACCUGGAGAGGUCCGACACGUCAUCUCGUCCCAGCAAGAUGGCGCCGAGACUGACGUUAUUACUGGCGCUCUCCCUGCUGCAGUACACCCCGGGUCUCAAGAUCCGGGUCCCUGUGCUAAGGGUGUCAAUACCCUGUGUGAGGGAUCUCGACUGUGGAGAUGGGGGAAGGUGUGUUGUGUCGGGGGUAGGUCUGUGUGGAAAACCCAGCGGAGAACAGGAACAGGCGAGGUCUUCAUCAUCUCAGCUGAGUGAGACCAACAUCACAUCCCCCCACGCCUUCAACACCUCCUUCAACACCAUCUCCAACAUCACGGACCUACCACCUCGUCAGCUACGGCACCUUCAGGCUCCUCCAGCGCCCUGUCUCUGGGACGAACAGUGUGCCAGCGGUCACUGUGUCAAGGUCGGGGUCGGUGUGUGCACAGUGGAUCACCGCUGCGACGUUUGUGGGCCAAAACAGUGGUGCGAUGGGAAGAAAUGUCUCUCAAAGAGGACUUACAACUCCUCCUGUGAUAGAGAGGAGCAGUGUGAGUCCUCCGUCUGUCGAGGAGGACUCUGUGGCUGUGAGGAGGAUGAGGAGUGCUCCUCAGAGGAGUUCUGCAGCUCAGAUGGCACGUGCGAGGAGAGAAAAUCGUAUGCCUCUUCGUGUGAAAACAAUGAGCAAUGCAAGAGCCUUCUGUGCAUUGAUGGCAGUAGCGGAAAACAAUGCGGCUGUGAUGACUCCGACUGCUCUUCUGCGGAAAUAUGUAGUUCUAGAGGCACGUGCGAAGCUAAAAAAUCGUAUCAAUCUUCGUGUGAGAGUGAUGAGGAGUGCAAAAGCCUUCUGUGCGUUGUUGGUGCGAGUGGAAAACGAUGCGCCUGCGGAGAUGACUCCGACUGCUCUUCCGGAGAGCGUUGCUUGUCCGACGGAAGCUGUAUCGUGCCAAAGUCAGACAGAAGCCGCUGCGCAGCUGACGAAGAAUGUAUCAGUAAUGAUUGCUGGGUACUCUCUGGUAAAUGCAGAUGUACUGAUGACAGUUGUCCUUCCGACGAAUAUUGCAAGCCUUUAUUGGGGGUUUGUGGUGCAAAACUAUCCAGUGGUGUGAAAUGCAUAUACGAUGGCCAGUGUCGUAGUGGUAAUUGCCGCUGUAUUAGACCUAGAUGUUCUUGCGACUGAUUUACAUAAUGUUACGUAGUGUUACGUUUGUUUGUAAUAUUACAAGUCUAGUACUGUUCCUCGAGUCUUUACUUCA